AUGUCGUCGAGUCGCAGGCAACAUCUGAAGAGCUUGAUGCUCCAGAUUGCCCAGGGGUUCAUAGAGGCUGAGGCCAUCCAGGCAGAGGAGGACAAAAACAGCUACAUGGAUGAGAAUGUCCCCUCCUUCUCCGUCCCUGAAUCCAUGCAGGAACUCCAGGAUCUGUGUAAGAAGCUCCACCAGCAGAUUGAUGCAGUGGAUGAACAGAGAUAUGACACGCAAAGCAAAGUAGCCAAGUCUGAUAAGGAGAUUGAGGAUCUGCAGAUUAAAGUACAGGACCUGAAGGGCAAGUUCAGGAAGCCCGUCCUGAAGAAAGUCCGCAUGUCUGCUGAUGCUAUGCUCCAGGCUCUGCUGGGCUCCAAACACAAGGUGUCCAUGGAUCUGAGGUCCAACCUGAAGCAAGUCAAGAAGGAGGUCAAGGGGGAGGUGAAAGAUGCAGCUGACUGGCGUAAGAACAUAGAGGACAAGGCUGGCAUGGACGGUAGAAAGAAGAUGUUUGAGUCCGACCCUUAAGACCCUUUAACAAGACCCCUAAUAUGUGUAUUUGUGUUCAUAUGUCUCAUCUGAUAACAUCCUCCAUUUUAAUCUACAUUCUCCUCCUGUCAUUCCUAUUUACACUGCUCUGUCUAAUAAAAGAAAAUACUUCAAUAUUUUGUUAUUUAUUUUUUUUAUAAUGGGGGAAAUGGACAAAUUGUAAAAUGUAAGCAUGCGUGACUGUGAGUCAGUGGAGGCUCCUCAGAGGAGGAAGUGAAGGACCAUCCUCCUCGGUCAAUUUCAUAAAAAUAAAA